UUGGACUCACUUAAAGUUGACUGCGAACGCGCGUUUGCCUCAUCGAUACAAAUAAUUUAUUCACAUACUUAAUAUGUUAAACAAAAUGAACUUAUACUUUUUCCUGUGAGAUGUUAUUAACAUAAUAUUUACAAUUUGAAACUAACAAGUGUGCGCAUUAAAAAUUGCACAUACUACAAAAUCAUUGUGGGUAUGUUAAAAUUCAGUAAACGUUUACCAGCACUACGUUUCCAUUGGGCAACGCUAUCGCGUUUUCAAUUUGUUAAACAACUUGCCGAUUUCAAGAAUACGCGCAGCGGUGGUAAUCAAAUGGACAGUGAAAGCAAUAAAAGCAUGGAAAUAGAUGCGGAUAGGCAGGAUAUAGUCGCCGGAAGAGUCUCGCCGCCAGUGUCGCAACGCUCAGCUGACAGCGACGGCGAGUCGGAGCCGCAAUGGCACUGGCGCUGUUUGCCUAUUGAGUCCGUGCAUCGUGGCUUGCAUCCGUUCGAACUAGAUCACUUGAGCGCCGUGCAUCCUAGCGGCCAGCACAAGGUGCUCUAUCGACAUCCAAUACGCGGGCCGGCUAGUGAGCCGCCGCGUCCGUUUCGGGCCCCACAUCGUUGGGAUGCCGAGCAUGUACGUCUCCCCUGUGCCGCAGAGAGCAAAUAUCCAGUCGAGGCGGAGGACGGCACAUCCAACAUUGAAUCGCGCUGGGGCAUGAUAGAGCGCGCCCUACUGCGUCCGAUAAGCAAUAGCAAACAGCUGCAGGCGGCCAUUCUGUCGUAUAACACCACGUACAAGGGCCAAUGGAGCUUUCGUGCGCUGCACAAGCUCUUCAACGAGGAGCUGGACGAGAGCGAGUCGCGCGUCUUCUUUGAGGAUCUGCUACCGCGCAUUAUCCGCCUAGCCCUGCGCUUGCCGGAGCUAAUCAAGGCACCGAUUCCGUUGCUUAAGCAAAACCAAUCAGUUGCCCUGUCGCUGAGCCAGGAGCAGAUCUCGUGCCUGCUGGCAAACGCAUUCCUUUGCACAUAUCCUCGUCGUAAUACUCUCAAGCGCAAAUCCGAGUACAGCAACUUUCCCGACAUUAACUUCAAUAGACUCUAUCAGUCGGGCGGUGCGGCAGUGCUGGAGAAACUCAAAUGUAUUUUUCAUUACUUUCGUCGCGUCUGUCCCACGGAACGGGACGCCAGCAACGUGCCCCCAGGAUGCCUGACGUUUGUGAGGCUCAGUGGCAGGCCGGAGGAUGAGGUCAACUGGUAUUCAAGCAGCGCGGUUCUGGCCAGCAUACCCAUGCAUAUUAAUGCUGGAGGCACCAUUGAGGAUCAGGGCAUUGGUCUGCUGCAGGUCGACUUUGCCAAUAAAUUUCUGGGCGGUGGUGUCCUGGGCCAGGGCUGUGUACAGGAGGAAAUACGCUUUGUUAUCUGCCCGGAGCUGCUGGUGUCAAAGCUCUUCACGGAGUGUCUGCUGCCCACGGAGGCGCUGCUGAUGGUAGGCAGCGAGCGUUACAGCAACUACACGGGCUAUGCAAGCAGCUUUGUCUGGGCUGGCAACCACGAUGACCGCACACCCUACGACUGCUCGCGACGUCGUCAUACGGCUAUUGUGGCCAUUGAUGCACUAAGUUUUGGCCAGGAGCUGCAAUCACAUCAGUAUCGCGAGGAGCUUAUGUUGCGUGAGUUGAACAAGGCUUCCAUUGGAUUUAGGCACUGGCUGUCUACUCCGCCGCCGGGCGUAGCCACCGGCAACUGGGGCUGUGGCGCCUUUGGCGGUGAUCCGCACCUCAAGGCGCUCAUUCAAAUGAUGGUCUGCGCGCACCAUUGCCGCCCCUUGGCCUACUACACAUUUGGUAAUCGCCAUCUGCGCGACGAUCUGCACGUGCUCUGGCAGCUGUUCCGAGCACAUGGCACCACUGUGCAGCAGCUCUACUCCGUGCUGCGUCGCUUCAAGAAAGAAGGCGGCAGUAAGUCCUUGUAUGCAUUUGUGCUCGAGGAGCUGAAGAGAAUACACGAACAGCCAGGCGCUCGACCAAAGGAAACAGCUGCAGCAGCAACUCCAACUCCAGCUCCAGCUGCACCUCCAGCUCCAUCUCCAUCUCCAGCUCCAGCUCCAGCUCCAGUUACAAACGCAACAACGCAGCAGAGUCCAGAUCUAUUUGCCGACUCGGACUGCUCGCAAAACAAUGGCGUUUUAGUGCCGGAUGAUGAUGCCGAACAGGAGCAGGCCAAUGCCAUGAUGCUGGCUGCAAGUCUUGAGAGCGGCGGUAGUAGCAGCAGCAGCAGCACCACCUCCACCACCACCACCAACACCAACACCACCAACACCACCACCACUACCAACAACAGCAACAACACAAUUGCAGCUGCAGUCGCUGGUGCUGCCAGUUCACCAGCCCAUGCCGGCGGUAAGCGUCAGCAGACGCUGCUCGAAAUGCUGGACCGGCACUACGAUCAGGGACAGGCCAACGGCUCCAAGCGGCAGCAUCAGUCAACAAAUGCGGACAAGUGCGGCAAAGCGCGUAAGGACUGCAAGGAUGGCGAUGCGAGCAGCGGCAACAAUUGCCGGAAUUAGUCCCUCCCCGAUAUCCCUGUAUGCUAUAUAGCUAAAUCUCACAGUUGCACUCUGUUGCCAUCUCUUUCGCUUCGGUGCGACUGCUAUUGCUUUGGUGUGGUGUGUUCCACAUAUGGUAUCUGCAGUAAGGCAUAGAUUUGUAAUCAACUAGAGUUUAUCUACAUAUAGAGUCUUCAAUAGAUAUAUAUAUAUAUAUAUAUAUAUAUAUAGAUAUAUGUCUGUAGGGCUUGGCCUAUAUAUUCACACUCAGAUUUUAGUAGGUUGUCUCUCUUUUAAGUGUAGUUUAAUAUGACACAGCUGUAGUUGUUGAAGUUAAUACACAAUUUGUAAUUACUUAUGGGAUAAUCUAUAUAUAGUAUACAGGAUCUUAUAACUAGUUUGUUUGUAGACCCAUAUAUAUUUAUACACAAAAUUGUUACUAAGUUUUAGUUAUAAAAAAAGUUGUUUAUGCUUUUAAUUUGGACGCUUCUGCAUCAGUUUGCGAAUUUCGAACGAAAUAGUAAAAACCAAAUUAGAUUUGAA